AUGAGCGUCGAAGGUAACCACCUACGGCGUUCGAGCUGGAAGGCUGAAGCGAUACGCCGGGGUAAUCUCAAAAUCAGUGGACCAAUCCCUAUUACCGAGGACGUACCGCUAAACGACGAUGAGGUAAAGGAAUUCGAGAAGCAUGGGACGCUGUCUGCAAGUCUGCCACAGGACACCCCCGUGGUCCACCCAACACAGCAUAUCCCGGACCCGCCUCAAAUGCCUCCACCAGCCCCGCCCAUUGUCCAGGCAGAAUCUCAUCCACAGGCCUCUGUCCAACCUGAAGAUCAACCUGAAGAACGGGUCGAAAUCCGCAAUUCACCUCCAAGGCAGUUGGUCGUUCCCAUGCAAAGUACACCUGAGAGACAUCGGAGAAGUGCCACCGAGCCAAUUUCAAUUGCGAGCCCAAGUCCCCUCGCUUUAGAGACGCCUACACGAGCUUCGACGAGGAAAAAGCGUAAGAGUGGUCUUCGAAGUGUCUUCCGAAAAAUGUUUGGUCGCAAGAGCAGGGAAGGGUCGGAAGAAGACGAUCAGCACGUACAACGGUCCCAAACCCAGCGGCAACCGCAACGAGCCAGUGACAUCGGGGUAACAAGAGCCUCCUCGGAAAGAAAACCAGCGAUACGUCGCGGACGGAUUUCCGAUCUGCAUGUUGAAGAGCCCACACCCAUGAAUCCCCUGGGCCAACACCUCCCAUUCCCAAUGAACGUAAAUGCUCCGCAAGAAGUCAGCCCUCCACAAGAGUAUCUCAGAUUCGAAGCUCCAACACCGGACUUCAGCCGCAGAAGAGCGACCCUGCCAAACGCUCACACUAUCUCGGAAACGCAGAGCCUGAAUGGGGGGACCAAGCGGCUGGAGGCUUGGGAAGAGAGACCAUCCGGGGAGUACAUACCCUCCCCCGAGAUUGGCAUCGCUCUGUCUAGCCCGCCCCACGAUCGACAGUCGACCCAAUCUGCCCAAGAGAAGCGCAGAUCGCGAAGUGCAGGCAACUUGCGCGAACUCACGAAGGGCAAACCUUCUAUAGAGCGGAGGCGAAGCGCGGAGAUACGGUAUUGGCGAAGUAGUUAUGCUUCCGGUAGCGUGUACAGCACGAACACUCCACGACCGCGCACAGCGCAGACAGUGGAGACAGUGCGCAGCAUCGAAGCUCAAGAGGAGCUACCGGAGUUGAACGAAAUUGUGACGAAGUCGGUUUCCGUGCAUGCUCCCACGAUAGUUACGCAGCACAGUCACGACCACGACACAUCGCAGGUCCCGCUCCCAGUCCAAGCCUUCAACUUCGGCAACUUCCGCAGCGACUUCUCCGAUGACGAGGACUCAGAACAGCCUGCAGAAGAGCCCGCAGCCCCCACAGCCCAUCCAGAGCGCCGCGUCUCAAUCGAAGACAGAGUAAAGUUUCUCGAAGAGAACAUGCGCACGCUCGACGCCUCCGUCCGCCGCAUGUCAGGUCGCAACAACCGACAAACCAUCAUCCUCGAGAACGCGCCCAAAGGCCGGCGCUCCCGCAACAGGAGCUCCUCCGCCUCGAGCCAGCGCCAGGGCUCGCACCACUCCAGCAGGGGCAGCAACAACACGCUGCACCUCCGGCAAUACGAAGACGAAAAGCCCGCCCCCGACUCACCAACUCACCCACCGCUUUCCGCAGUCAACGAGCUCCCCGUCUCGAAGGCCGCUCAGGAAGGAGUUGCCGACAUCCAGUCCCAGCUCCUCGCGCUGCAAACAUCCCUCCAGCACGAGCGCCACGCGCGCAAAACGCUCGAAGCGCAGGUCUCGACGCUGCAACGCGAUCUCGCCGACUUACACGCGCUGGUGAACAAGUUCAUCAGCGCAGCAAGUCCGAGCUAUCCUACCCCAAGUCCCGAUGGUAUCAUCGCGAGCAACGAGGCGAGUACCCCACGAGCGAGCGAGAUUAAACCCAGCGAGAUAAGAGGGAGGGAAAGGAGUAUCAGUGCGAGUUCGACGGAGGAUGGCGACGAUAUGGUCAGUCCCGAGGCUUGGGCGACGCCGAAGGAGAGUGUGGCUAGUGGGUUCUUUUGA